CGCCGGGAGCUCAGCUCCCUGCGUUCCCGCGCUCGGGCCCCAUCAAGGCCCAGGAAGUAGCCCGAGGCCUCGGCCCUCGCCCCGCCCCUCUCGCUCCCGCGCUCUUCACCUGCUGGCCGAGCGCUUGGGCGGGGACCGUGGACGCGAGGGGGAGCAAGCGGGCUACUGGGUCGCCGGAGGUGAAGCGGGGCGAGGAUGGCGGCGCUUGCACAGGGGCUGCCGCAGCUGCUGCUCGCGCUCUCCAUGCUGCUGACUCUGGGCCCCAUCGCCGCGGCGGCGGCCAAGCUCAACAUCCCCAAAGUUCUGCUGCCCUUCACGCGGGCCACACGCGUGAACUUCACGCUGGAGGCCUCGGAGGGCUGCUACCGCUGGUCAUCGAGCCGGCCAGAGGUGGCCAGCAUAGAGCCCCUGGAUCUGGACGAGCAGCAGUGUUCCCAGAAGGCAGUGGUGCAGGCUCGUCUGUCCCAGCCCGCCCGCCUGACAAGCAUCAUCUUUGCAGAGGACAUCACCACAGGACAGGUUCUGCGCUGUGAUGCCAUUGUUGACCUCAUCCAUGGCAUUCAGAUCGUCUCCACGACCCGCGAACUCUACCUGGAGGACUCUCCCCUGGAACUGAAGAUCCAGGCUUUGGACUCUGAAGGGAACACAUUCAGCACCCUGGCUGGACUGGUCUUUGACUGGACAAUCAUGAAGGACACGGAAGCCAGCCGGUUUUCAGACUCCCACAAUGCAUUGCGAAUCCUCCCAUUCUCGGAGUCUACGUACAUACCUCCUUCCUACAUAUUGGAGAUGGAGAAGGCGUCCAAGCAGGGGGACACCAUCCUGGUGUCAGGGAUGAAGACUGGGAGCUCUAAGCUCAAGGCGCGCAUCCAGGAGGCUGUGUACAAGAAUGUCCACCCUGCAGAGGUCAGGCUGCUGAUUUUGGAGAACAUCCUUCUGAACCCAGCUUAUGAUGUUUACCUGAUGGUGGGAACCUCCAUUCGCUACAAAGUGCAGAAGAUCAGGCAAGGAAAGAUUACAGAACUCUCAAUGCCUUCAGAUCAGUACCAGCUGCAGCUUCAGAACAACAUCCAGGGCCCCGCUGGAGACCCAAGCCGGCCUGUGGCUGUCUUGGCUCAGGACACAUCAACGGUCACCGCUGUGCAGCUGGGACAGAGCAACCUGGUCCUCGGACAUAGGAGUAUUCUUAUGCAGGGUGCUUCCAGGUUACCUAAUAGCACGGUCUAUGUGGUGGAACCCGGAUACCUGGGGUUCACAGUACACCCUGGUGACAGGUGGGUGCUUGAGACUGGACGCCUAUAUGAAAUUACCAUUGAAGUGCUCGACAAAUCUGGGAACAAGGUCUACCCAUCAGAUAACAUCCGCAUUGAAACGGUGCUUCCCUCUGAGUUCUUCGAGGUGCUCUCUUCUUCCCAGAACGGGUCGUUCCAUCAUGUCAAGGCAAUAAAGAGAGGCCAAACAACUAUCGAGGCAGCCCUCACUUCCGUGGUGGACCAGGAUGGAGGGGUCCACAUGUUACAAGUGCCUGUGUGGAACCAGCAAGAGGUGGAAAUUCACAUUCCCAUCACCCUCUAUCCCAGCAUCUUGACGUUUCCAUGGCAACCAAAGACAGGUGCCUAUCAGUACAUGAUCAAGGCCCAUGGUGGGAGUGGGAACUUCAGCUGGACUUCGUCAAACCACAUGGUUGCAACAGUCACCGUCAAGGGUGUGAUGACCACAGGCAGUGACACAGGAUUCAGUGUGAUCCAGGCGCAUGAUGUUCAGAACCCACUGCAUUUUGGGGAGAUGAAGGUGUAUGUGAUCGAGCCCAGGGGCAUGGAGUUUGCCCCAUGCCAGGUGGAGGCACGAGUGGGCCAGACCCUGGAGCUGCCCCUAAGGAUAAACGGCCUAAUGCCCGGUGGGGCCAACGAGGUGGUUACUCUUAGCGACUGCUCCCACUUCUACUUGGAGGUUGAGGUGGAGAACCAGGGUGUGUUCCAGCUGCUUCCAGGGAGGCUACAGCCAGGGUCUGAGCACUGCAGUGGUGUCAGGGUGAGAGCCGAGGCCCAGGGGUACACCGCGCUCCUCGUGAGCUACAAACAUGGCCACGUCCACCUGAGUGCCCAGAUCACCAUUGCUGCCUACCUGCCCCUCAAGGCUGUGGACCCCUCCUCUGUUGCCUUGGUGACCCUCGGCUCCUCAAAAGAGAUGCUAUUGGAAGGAGGUCCCAGGCCCUGGGUCCUCGAGCCAUCCAAGUUCUUUCGAAACGUCACCUCUGAGGACACACACAGCAUCAGCCUGGCUCUCUUUGGGCCCCCUGCCUCCCGUAAUUAUCAGCAACACUGGAUCCUUGUGACCUGCCAAGCCUUGGGUGAACAGGUCAUUGCCCUCUCGGUGGGGAACAAGCCCAGCAUCACCAACCCCUUUCCUGCGCUGGAGCCUGCCGUGGUGAAAUUCGUGUGUGCCUCACCCUCCAGGAUCACCCUGAUGCCUGUCUACGCCAGCCCCCAGCUGGGACUGUCGUGUCCACUGCUGCAGCAGAACAAACAAGUGGUCCCAGUCUCCAGCCACCGCAACCCCCUCCUGGACCUGGUUGCCUAUGACCAGCAGGGCCGCAGAUUCAACAACUUCAGCUCUCUGAGCAUCCAGUGGGAAUCUACGAGGCCAUUGCUGGCCAGCAUUGAGCUUGAUCUGCCCAUGCAGCUGGUGUCCCAAGAUGAUGGGAGUGGCCAGAAGAAGUUGCACGGUUUGCAGGCCAUUUCAGUUCACAAGGCAUCCGGAACCACAGCCAUCUCUGCCACUGUGACUGGCUAUCAGCAGUCCCACCUCCGUGCAGCCAAUGUGAAGCAGCCGCACGACCCUCUUGUGCCUGUGUCGGCCUCCAUAGAACUCAUCCUGGUGGAGGAUGUGAGGGUGAGUCCGGAAGAGAUAACCAUCUACAACUACCCUGGAAUACAGGCAGAGCUGCACAUCAGAGAAGGCUCCGGCUACUUCUUCCUCAACACCAGCACCGCAGAUGUUGUCAAAGUGGCCUACCAGGAAGCCAAGGGCAGUGCCAUGGUCCACCCUUUACUCCCAGGCACGUCAACCAUCAUGAUCCACGAUUUGUGCCUCGCCUUCCCAGCCCCAGCAAAGGCUGUCGUUUAUGUCUCAGACAUUCAGGAGCUGUACGUCCGAGUGGUAGACAAGGUGGAGAUUGGGAAGACAGUCAAGGCAUAUGUCCGUGUGCUGGACUCUCACAAGAAACCUUUCCUGGCCAAGUACUUUGCCUUCAUGGACCUGAAGCUCCAAGCAGCCUCCCAGAUUGUCACAUUGGUCUCCCUUGACGAGGCCCUUGACAACUAUACUGCCACAUUCCACAUCCAUGGUGUGGCCAUCGGCCAGACCAGUCUCACUGCAGUUGUGACCAAUAAAGCUGGACAGAGAAUCAACUCGGCCCCACAACAGAUUGAGGUCUUCCCACCAUUUAGGCUAAUACCCAGGAAGGUGACGCUGAUUAUUGGGGCCAUGAUACAGAUCACCUCUGAGGGAGGCCCCCAGCCUCAGUCCAACAUCCUCUUCUCCAUCAGCAAUGAGAGCGUGGCAGUGGUGAACUCUGCUGGGCUGGUUCGGGGGCUUGCCAUUGGCAACAGCACCGUCUCAGGGGUUGUCCAGGCCGUGGAUGCUGAGACCGGCAAGCUCGUCAUUGUGUCUCAGGAUCUCGUGGAGGUGGAGGUGCUGCUUCUUCAGGCCGUGAGGAUCCGAGCCCCCAUCACGCGGAUGAGGACAGGGACCCAGAUGCCCGUGUACAUCACUGGAAUCACCAACAACCAGAACCCUUUCUCCUUUGGUAAUGCUGUGCCAGGCUUGACCUUCCACUGGUCAGUCACCAAGCGGGAUAUCCUGGACAUCCGGGGGCGGCACCACGAGGCGUCGCUUCGGCUCCCGUCACAGUACAACUUUGCCAUGACCGUGCAUGGUCGGGUAAAAGGCCGGACCGGGCUGAGGGUGGUAGUCAAGGCUCUGGACCCCAAAGCUGGGCAGCUGCAUGGCCUCGCCGAAGAACUCUCUGAUGAGAUCCAAAUCCAGGUGUUUGAGAAGCUGCUGCUGCUGAACCCUGAAAUAGAAGCAGAACAGAUAUUAAUGUCACCCAACUCGUUUAUAAAACUUCAGACAAACAGGGAUGGCACAGCAUCUCUGAGCUACCGCAUCCUGAACGGGCCCGAGAAAGUUCCCAUAGUACACAUUAAUGAGAAAGGCUUUCUGGUGUCGGGGUCCACAGUUGGGACUGCUACAAUUGAAGUGACUGCCCAAGAGCCUUUUGGGGCCAACCAAAGUAUCAUCGUCGCAGUAAAGGUGUCUCCUGUGUCUUACCUGAGGAUCUCCAUGAGCCCUACUCUGCACACCCAGAACAAGGAGGCUCUGAUGGCCCUCCCUUUGGGAAUGACUGUGACCUUCACUGUCCACUUCCAUGACAACUCUGGAGACAUCUUCCAUGCUCACAAUUCAGUCCUCAACUUUGCAACAAACAGAGAUGAGUUUGUGCAAAUCGGGAAGGGCACAACCAACAACACUUGCGUCAUCCGCACCAUCAGCGUGGGCCUGACACUGCUCAGCGUGUGGGACACAGAACACGUGGGCCUUUUUGACUUCGUCCCAUUGCCCGUACUACACACCAUCUCUCCGGAGCUGUCUGGCACAGUGGUAGUGGGGGACGUCCUCUGUCUGGCCUCUGUCCUGGUCAGCCUGGAAGGUCUCUCUGGAACCUGGAGCUCCUCAGCCAACAACAUCCUUCAGGUAGACCCCAAGACGGGAGUGGCUGUGGCCCGGGAUGCUGGAUCUGUGACAGUUUACUAUGAGGUCACUGGGCAUCUGAGGACCUACAAGGAGAUACUGAUUGGAGUCCCUCAAAGGAUCAUAGCUCGUCACAUCCACCCUGUCCAGACCAACUUCCAGGAUGUUACAACUUCCAAAGUGAUGAUCACCAUGGGAGACAGAAGCUCUAAUCUGAGAGGUGAGUGCUCCCUAGCUCAGCUGGAAGUUAUCAAGACCCUGCAUCCAGAAUCCCUCAUCAGCUGCCAGGUCCAGUUCAAGCAAAAUGUCUUUGAUUUCCCAGCACAUGACGUGUUCAGUGCAGAACCAGCGUUUGAUGCUGUACUAGGUCAGUACCUCUGCUCAGUCAUGAUGCACAGACUGACGGACAAGCAGCUGAAGCACCUCAGCAUGAAGAAGACAGUGCUGCUGGUCACUGCCUCCCUCCUGGGCAGCCACUUCUCUGGAGAACAGGUUGGGGCCGAGGUGCCCUUCAGCCCAGGACUGUACACCGACCAGGCUGAAAUCCUUCUGAGCAACCAUUACACCAGUUCUGAGGUCAAAGUCUUUGGCGCCGUGGAGAUUCUGGAGAACCUGGAGGUGAAAUCAAGAUCCCCAGCUGUGCUGGCCUUUGAGAAGGAAAAGUCUCUGGGGCUGCCCAGCUUUGUCACAUACACAGUCAGCCUCUCAGACCCUGCAGCUGGCAGCCAGGGGCCUCUGUCUACCGCUCUGACCUUCUCCAGCCCUUUGACUAGCCAAGCCAUCACCAUCCCAGUAACUGUGGCCUUUGUGAUGGAUCGCCGAGGGCCUGGUCCUUAUGGAGCCAGCCUCUUCCAGCACUUCCUGGAUUCCUAUCAAGUCAUGUUCUUCACACUUUUUGCCCUGCUGGCUGGGACUGCUGUCAUGAUCAUAGCUUACCACAUGGUCUGUGCCCCACGAGAGCUCAGCACACCGCCAGCUCUGUCCCACCGAGCUAGUCCUCAGCACAGCCCCCACUAUUUUGCUGCCUCAUCACUGAUGCCUUGCAAUGCACUGCCUCCUGGUCGAAGAGCUAGCCCUCCCUCAGGGCUGUGGAGCCCUGCCUACACCUCCCACUAGUCUCAGCCCCCUUCAAGGCCCUGACACUCCUGUGGCUGCAGAGAGGGGCAGCCUGUGGCGUCCAGCCUGGAGCUAGCCCCUGAGGACUGAGCCUGGCAGGCCCACUCUCACUGAAGCCUCUGUUCUCAUACAUAUUUAGUUAGGCUUUGCUCAUUAGCUUAUUCUUAUCUAUCGCAGUUUAUUUUACUUCAGUCUUGCAAAGGCUAUGACUUUCUGACUCAUUCCUUUAUGCCUGGUUAUCAAGGGUUUGUGAUGAUGCUUUAGUUUUCCUAGACUCUCUAAAAUCACUCCCUUCUCAGGACUCUGAGCAGGCAGAGCUCUGUUUAGAAGUUGACUGUAGAAGAUAUUACUGCAUUGGUCUCAGGGAAAGGACUUUUUAAUUACUUUUUCAUUUGUGUGGGAUGUCUUCCCUGUGGAAACGACUUUUCCCCUAAUCCGGCUCCUGCUAGAAGAUGAGGAGUGUGAAUGGCAAGUGUCCUGCGCCUGCCCCGUCGCUGCACAAGAAGCCUCGCGACUGCAGCAGCUGGGCCCCUGAGCCAGCUCAGCCUCACAGAGAUGUGAGACACUGCAGGAACUACCAGCCAGGCUGCUUCUCACCCUACUUGGGGCUACUGUGAAUAGACUGCUGGCCUUUGGGGUUCUUUGUUUCCUAACCUGUGGAAACAUCUCGUGGCUUCAGCCUCAACUCUAUGAGGACAUCCCAGCUCUCUGUCGACAUGGGGACAGUGGAAGCAUCAUUAGGAAAACGUCCUUGUCUGUUCCCUUGGAGAAGCCUCUGUGUCCCGCCCAAGCACAGAGACCCAGUGUUAUUUGUCCCUCCUUUUGUACAACAGCCACACCUCAGCAGAUCUGAGCCUCCGUGUUGCUGCAAAUGGAAGAUGCCUCCCUGCCUUCCAGGCAGCUUCCCAGCAGGUGCAGAGUCCAGCAGGGCCAAUGCAGAGGCUGGGGAGAAGACCAAUGGGAAAAGCCUCCCUCCUUCCCAGCUCCUGCUUCUUCAGCAACUGAGGCCUCCAAUGGUCUGCCCCGGGCACUAGGGCCAGGCCUAGAGGCACACCCCAGGGCCAGUCACACACGGAUGCUGUGUGUGAAGUCUCGUUGGAUUCUGAGUUGCAGUGUGAAUGCACUUCAGUCCUGUGGGGCUGGUCUGUGUGAUUUAUUUUGGUAAAGCUGGAGACAGGAAGAAUUGUGCCUUGCAUAUUACUUGAGCUCAAACUGACGUAUUUCUACUUGGUUUAUUUAAUAAAGCUCAAUAUAAUUUCUUAA